AUGUACACGCCAUACUCGGGGGAUAUUCCCGCUCAAAACUUGCAGCAUCCACAACCCCAGCAUUUAAAUCAGCAGUUCCAACAACACCAACAGCAGCCACCGGCGCAGCAAGGGUACCAGCAACCACCGUUCCAGAACGCAGGCUACCAAAACCAAGGCCAAUUCCAACAGCAGCCACAACAAGGGGCCGGUUUCGGGAUCUUCAACGACCAGGCAGCGCUGUUUGCCUCACAAUUUGCCAAAUCACAAUUUGAACAGUCUAACUCAUACUUGCAGCAAAACUUUGGCUCGUUCAUCCCUGGUACUGGCGAUCUCAAGUUCUAUUUCCAAGUGAGCAACAGCUAUGUGCUAAAGAAGUUGACGAUGGUGUUGAUGCCGUUUGUGAAUAAGGACUGGAACCGUAAGACGAUGGCAGAAGUGUCGGGCGACGGUUCCACCCAGUACGCGCCGCCGGUGUACGAUGUUAAUGCCCCCGAUUUAUAUAUUCCGUUGAUGUCGUUCGUCACCUACAUUUUGUUAUGGCUGGUGUUCCAAGGGCUCAAGGGCGAGUUCCAUCCCGAGUUGUUUGGCAUUUUGGCGUCGCAAACGGUGGCGUUUCUGGUGCUUGACAUUGCCAUUUUCAAGAUUGGUCUUUACUUGCUUGGUUGUCUGACCCAGCUGAGCAUUUGGGACCUUGUGCUGUUCUCUGGCUACAAGUACAUCACGGUGAUCGUGUUGUUAGUGCUCCAACACUUGGUGGGAUUGUGGUCGGUGAUUUACCUGAUUUGUUUUGUGGUACUUGUGGGCUUGUUGGCAGUGUUCUUGAUGAGACUGUUGAAGUUUUUGGUGUUGCCGAGUCGCAAUGCCGCCAGCGGUAUAACCGACAAGCAGAGAAAGCGGCGCGUGCAGUUUUUGUUUGUUUACCUGACGGUGGUACAGUUGUUAGUAAUCUUUGUUAUGAGCCGAUCAUGA